AUUUUUGUAGGAUAUGAACAAAAAGCAAACUAUGCGGGUACACGAAAGAUAAGUCUUUUCUUUCUCUUUGUUUCACCAAUGGAACCCACUUUGUAAACAAAAUCAACAAAGCACCAAAAUUUGCACUGCGCUUUUUCGAUUUUCCUCUUCCGUUUCAAGAAUAAGCAUCCUUAUCUGGUGUUUAUGUUCAGCUGAUGCAAGCCUUUUCUGGUUGUUGUAAAUUUUGAAUAAGCAUUUUCAACCAUGGCGCUUUAUGCAACUGCUUUAUCGUUCAAUGGACUUUCUUCUACUCUCAAGGAGUUCAGUUUCUUGCCGGGUUCGGUCAUCAAUAGCUUUCACAAGCGACAUGAUGUUUGUCUGCAAUCCUUUAAUCCAAAUAAGUUAGUUUUUGGCAAAAGUUUUGAAAGAGGAGACGAACUGUGUUUGUUGCCUAAUCAAUGCCUCAAGUUGCAAAUGAGAAGAUUCAGGACACGGCAGGGUGUAAAAAGUGAAGACGCAGAGAGCAUGUUGAGCAGUGAGGACAUUGCAUUAGAUGAAAACACUUUAGAGGAAGAGCUACAGAAUGCAAUUGCUGAGGAGAAUUAUGCUAAAGCUGCAGAAAUAAGGGAUACACUAAAAAACCUACAAAAAGAUAGCAACACAGCAGUAUUUGGAGCAAACAGCAAGUUUUAUGAUUCAUUCAGGAAUGGCGACCUUGCAGCCAUGCAAGGUAUGUGGGCAAAAAUGGACGAGGUAUGCUGUGUUCAUCCUGGUAUGAAAGGAAUAUCCGGUUAUGAUGAUGUUAUUGAGAGCUGGGAUUUCGUAUGGGCUAACUAUGAAUUUCCAUUACAAAUUAAACUAGAAGACAUUAAAGUUCAUGCUAGAGGGGACAUGGGGUAUGUUACUUGCAUGGAAUUUGUAAAAGCGAAAGGAGGAAGAUGGGGAGGACAAUUUGUAACGAAUGUGUUCGAGAGGAUAAAUGGCGAGUGGUUUAUUUGUAAUCAUCAUGCUUCACCAGUAGACAUGAAUUGAUACAUAGUUGUUGAGUUUGUCUUGCCUUUCCUCUUACCUCAUUUUAACAAUUUUGUUGUGUUGCAUUGUAUCUUCCUUAGCCUAGAAAUUUUUCUGUAUGUUAUGUUACAACUUUACGAACACAAAUGAUCUUUAGAAGCUGAGAUGUGGAUUAAUGGAUUCAUGAAGUUUGAUUAGAACUUUACCCAAAUUAGAUAUUGGGACUGUUGUUUCUGUUCGUAAAGAAUGUGUUCAUUAAUGUGAAACAUUGGAUAAUACA